AUGCAUCUCCGCAACGAAAAACGCUACUCACCCGACGACGGACCCCACGUCCCCCGUAAGCGCCGCCAACGCAGCACAAAAGAAGAUCUUGCCCGAGCAAGACUCAUCACCACUCAGAAUGAGCAGUCACCACUCUUCACCCGCCUGCCUCGCGAAUUGCGCGACAUGAUCUGGGAGCACGCCUUCGGUUCCGAUGAAACUACCUUUCAUUACCGUAACCUCGCCAUCGAUGCCAAAAACCGAAAGUACCCCUCGAGCUGUCUCGAUGACCAUUACAUGGGCCUUCCUGAGUGGCUACUUUCGUGCAAAACGAUUCUUGGGGAAGCGCUUGAACUCUUCUACAGGACGCAGACAUAUGUCCCAACCACAGAAUAUGGAAGAACAAAACGAAGGUAUAAAAACACACUUCUCUUCAACAACAGCAUCAAGAACGUCGAAAUGACAUGGAAAGUCACGUUGAAUUGGCAAGGGGCUAGAGGCGCCGCGAAAGACCUGUGGUUUGCGCCGGACGAGGUCGACACCAUGUUUGUGCGAUACCUGCAGCGACUCCGACCAGAACUCAAAGACGUCAAAUUCACCUGCGAAGUGGCAUUCUUCUGCCAGGUGUGCAGUUAUGUGCGUACGGAAGCGGACCCACACAACAAGAAGAGAAGGGAAAAGCGGAGAAGGAACCUAGAUGGCAAGAUAGAAGGACUUCGUGGGUGUUGCAGAGGCCUGACUGUUGAACUUCAGAGUAACGUGUGCGAGCACUGCGAAUUGGACAGUUCGGAUCAACUUUUCGAGGAGAAGGCGACGGUGGAAGUGUGGGCGAAGGGUAUCGUUGGUAGUGAUGCGGAGGUGCACGAAUGCGAUGAUACGAGAGACACGUCCUAUUAUGAAAAGGAAACAGUCUUGAGGACUAUCAGGGUUUCCACGCAGAAAUCAUGA